GUAGUAGCAUAUGGUUUUCAAUUGUAUUUGCUGUUUGGAUCUGUUGGCAGUAUUCCUUCAGAGUUGUAAGUAAAACUAUCGCCAUGAAUGGAUUGCAAGGUGGGAAAAUGUUGUGGCAAACCCGGGGCUGUUACUCCUUAGGGGUCCAACAUGGAGCCUAUUUCAGUACUUCACAAAACAGAAACGCCAACAAAAGUUUCAAGUUGGUGGUGGUGGGAGGAGGAUCCGGAGGAUGUGCCUCGGCUGCUAAAUUUGCAUCCAAGUUAGGAGCCGGACAGGUGGCUGUGAUUGAACCCAGAGAUAUGCAUUACUACCAAGCCAUGUGGACUUUGGUGGGUGGUGGUCAGAAGAAAUUGGAGCAAUCUGGUAAACCUAUGCAGAGCGUUUUGCCCUCCAAAGCCGAAUGGAUCAAGGAUAAAGUGGUGGGUUUCGACCCGGAUAAUUCGAAAGUGAUGACACAAAACGGAGAUGAGAUCUCCUAUGAAUUCCUGGUGGUCGCCAUGGGGCUUCAGCUCAACUUUGAUGUGAUCAAAGGGUUGCCUGAGGCCUUUGAGACGCCUGGUGUGAGUUCCAAUUACGACUUGAGGUACGUGAACAAGACCUGGGAAUCCAUUCAGCAGUUUAAGGAGGGCAACUGUGUGUUCUCGUUCCCCAACACGCCCGUGAAAUGCGCCGGAGCUCCCCAGAAGAUCAUGUACCUGACCGAGAAAAUCCUGCGAAUGGAGAAUCGGAGGGAUCAUGCCAAUAUUAUCUACCAUACCUCUCUGCCGGUCAUAUUUGGCGUCAAGAAGUAUGCCGAUGCCUUAUGGAAAAUCGUCGAGGAAAGAAAUAUAGAGGUUAACCUGCGGAGUAAUCUCGUAGAGGUCCGACCCGAUACCAGAGAGGCUAUCUUUCAGAACCUGGAUAAGCCCGAAGAAGCCCCUAAGGCUGUCAAAUACAGUAUGCUCCACGUGACUCCGCCUAUGAGUGCCCCGGAUGUUUUGAGGAACUCGUCCAAGAUCGUGGAUGAAAACGGAUUUCUCAAUGUGAAUAAGGAGACACUGCAACACAUGAACUAUCCGAAUAUUUUCGGUAUCGGAGAUUGCACAAACGUGCCGACGUCCAAAACUGCUGCUGCCGUCGCUGGCAUGAUUGGCAUCCUUCGAAGAAAUCUGACCGCCUCCAUGAAUGGUCAGCCUUUGAAAGCUAAAUAUGACGGUUACACGUCGUGCCCAUUGGUUACCGGGCCCAAUGAAUGCAUCUUGGCUGAAUUCGACUUCCAAUCCCCGCCCCAACCCCUGGAAACUUUCCCAAUCAACCAAGCCAAGCCCAGAUGGACCAUGUACAACAUGAAAGCUCACGUCAUGCCCCACGUUUAUUGGCAGAUGUUGAAUGGCUGGUGGGAAGGACCCAAGAUUUUCCGCAAGCUUGCUCAUCUUGGCAUGUCGAGAUAGACUGUGAAACACACAAAUUUUCAGUACUUUACAAAUGUUGGUGAUAACCAGUCCAAAUGACAGUAACAAAAAAAAUAAAUAAAGAUUUGAUUUUUUAAAACCA